ACUCCUGGGUUCUGUUCUCAGCUGUGUCCCUGACUGACUCUGACCUCUUGGACUAGCUCCUUCACCCCCGUCUCCCUGCUGGUGCCCAGAUUUCAGUCUCGCUCUUUUCCGCACUGCAGAGACCAGGGGUUUAAUGGCCAAGUACAUCCCCGAGCCAGGCAUCUCUUCACUGGUGGGGGCCAGCCUGGCCGACCUCGAUGGCCCCCAGGAGCUGCUGGAGGCGAGCAGCGAGCCGAGCGAGGGCUUCUGCUGCAGCGCCAACAUUGAUCAUUGCAUCUCGUACCUCAACGAGGCAGGAGGUGGUGGGGCUGGGGCUGGCCCCGCUCUGUGCAGAGGGAGGCUUUGACCUCCGGGCCUUGGUGAAUGGCACCUGGGCCCUGCUGCGGCAUUACCGGGAGGCCUUGGCCAAGCUGGGCGCCAUGGAGGCCGAGGAGCUGAGGCGAGCCGGCGAGCUGGGCUACCUGAGGGGCCGGCAGAGCAAGCUCAAGGGGCAAGUGGAGGCCUGUGAGAGAGAGAUCAUGGCUGUGCAGAGCAAGGAGCAGCAGCUGCAGACCAAGAACAAAGAGCUGCUGACCUUGCUGAAAGGAGAGAAGGACGAGCAGGUGGCGAAGCUCCUGGCCACCCUAGCCAGCCGUGGGGCACAGCACCGCCACGAGGUGAGGAGGAAGGAGCAGGAGCUGAGCCGGCUGAAGGAAAAGAUGAGCCAGCAGCUGAUGGACAAGAGGGACAGGCGGGCAGCCAUGGAGAUUCUCAACAGCCUGGGCCGAGCAGAUGGCAGGAGGGCAACCUGGAAAACUGGGAAGUCGCUCAGCAAGAAGGAGGAGGAGAUGUUCCGCUCCCUGCUGGCGGCGCAGGAGAAGCAGCUGCAGGAGCUGAUGCUGGAGAACGCAGAGCUGAAGUGGCUGUUGGCCCAGCGGCGCCAGGAUGUGGGGGGCCUGCUGGGCGAGGACGGUGUCGCUGUCAGCACGGCCCAGGGCGGCGAAGGGGAGCCAGCGCCGGAGGGGACCUGUUCGUCCGAUGCGACGCGGGAGCAGCUGACCCGCAGCAUCCAGGACCAAUGGUGCAGCCAUGUGGAAAGUCUGGGCUGUCAGGCCAUGCCCUCCGGCUCCCAGGGGUAUGAGGCCGAGGGCGGGGACCAUGUGAUCAGUGUGACGGACCACGACAAGGAGAUCAUGAAGCUAAAGGCGGAGAUUGAGGACAGCCAGCAGCUGAUUGCCUUGCAGCAGCAAUGCUUCCAGGAGCAAUUGAUCGCAGCUGCCAACAGCGAGCUGCCGGCCAACCUGAGGGGCUCCUACUUCCUGGAGGAGCAGCAGCGGCUGCAGGAGGAGCAGGAGGCGUUCCAGCAGCAGAAGCGAGCCUUCCAGGAGGAGCGCCAGAACUUCACGGAAGCUGCCAUCCGCCUGGGCCAUGAGAGGAAGCAGUUUGAGGAGGAACGAGCCCUGCUCCUGAAGCAGCAUUUCCUGAGCACAAUGGCGGGGCUGGGACCCAGAGACCCCGGGCGGAGGCAGUCGGCCCCACUCGCCGCACAAGCUGCGGAACAGGAGAUUCUCCCCCAACCAAAGAAAUGGAACAAACCCACCUACACUCCCUACCCGAAGGCCAACACCCCAGCGGUGCUGGUCAGAGGCAGGCACCUCGCCGCCAGUCCCGCCACCCCCAGCACGGCGGAGCUGCUCAGGGUGCUGAAGCUCAUCCCGGAUAAUGGACCCCCGCCCCCCGUGCAGAGUAAUGACCAGAGGGAAAGCCACAAAGAUACAGCCUGCCAGACGGAGAGCGAGGACUUCUGGCCCGUUAGCGGUGACCUUCUGGACCAUUUCUUAGACAGCUCCUUCUAGCUUCUUGCUGCAUUUACCUGGAAGAACCUGACCUCAGACCAUUGCUGGAAGAACAGGGUCAGCUGCUCCCCGUGCUGCACAAUCUUUGAGCACCACUAGUAACAUUUGUGGGUGUGUGUGUGUGGGGGGGUGUUUCUCCCCCCUUUUUGGAAGAUCUAAUCCACCCUGAUGAGUGUUACCUUCCGGCUCAGACCUCCAUAGCUGCAGCCUGUGUGGGUUGUGACUCGGUAGAUGAGAUCUCACUAUGAGCUCAUGAGUUGGGAAUUCUCUUUGGAGAAGAAUCCCUGCACCUUGCCUGUAAGCUUUUUAUCCUCACUGGAGGGCUCUGAUAUUUUUUACUUUUUUAAUGGUCGUGGUUUUAAAUAUUGGGCUGUUCUAUAAAAGCCAGUUAAAUGCUGCUUGCUCAGUGCCUUUCCCCACUGAAACCCCCUCAAGGCUGGGUGCUAGCAAACUCCCACCCAACCCAUGAAUUGUGAAUGUGAAAAACUGGCCAUGGAGAAGGGAUUUCCCCUCUGCUGCUGCCUCCUCAUCCAAAACGUUAUCCCCCUCCCCUGAGUGGUGGUGGUCUGUGUCCUGGUGUGGGAGGAGGGAUUCUUAGCUACUUUUAUAGCUCUUAUAAUAAAGAGACAUUGAAAUUAAGAAUGUUUUUGUCUUUAAAAU